UUUACUGGUUUACUGUUUAUCGGAACCAGUUUCAGACGAAGGGUACUCGCAGACGAAGGACAAAAUGCCAGAGUACGAUCUUGUCCCGAGGCCUCAGGAUAGGGAUUAUACAAAAUUUCCACAUAAGAUUUUAACCGAAGUACAUUUUGAUACUCCACUGCGUCGGACGAUUAGAAAUGCAACAUCAAACUUUACUGAGCCAACUGGAACUAAUGUUGAGAAAAAAGUAAAGGGAAUUACGGUUAUAGCAGCCAUGGGUGGAGGAUUUGUUGGAAUGAUGGAAGCUUUUGUUAAAGUUGCUCCAAGUGUGUUUGCUGUUGGAGGAUAUUUCAGUAGAGCAGUAGUUACUUUAGGUGCCUCAGGAUUUUUAUUUGGAGUUGGAACACAAGGAACUGCAGUAUUGAGGGAGAAGGAUGAUAUAAUUAAUUAUGCAGUUGGUGGAGCUUUGGCAGGACUACCGAUGGCAAAAAGAUAUGGAAAUGUAUGGGCUGGUUUGGGAUAUGCAUUAGCAUUUACAUCACUGGGAAUCUUUUCAAGGACCUUAUUAGUGCGCCCAAAAGGAGAAUUUACCACUAUGUAUAAAAAACCAAGUGGAAAUAUGUAUGAGAGAAGUUAUGGAUUUAAUUUUCACCAUUAUAAGACAUUUGGUCGAGAUUAAGUUACAUUGAGACUAGCAUUUUUUAAUGUUUUUUUUUAUUAGUAUUAUAAAUGUCACAUGAUGAAAUAAAAAGAUCUAAUUUAA